AACGUGCUUGCAAAUACGAGUAUAUGAAAAAUUAUCGUUCAUUUGCAGAAAGUCAACCCAAUAUAUUAACGAUAAUCGGAAGUAAAAUAAUAAUAGUUUUGUACGUAUUAAAGUUCGCUGUAAAUUUUAUAGGAAGAGAGAGAGAGAGAGAGAAGAAGAAAUCGAAGCCCUGUCAAAGAUAUUUCGUCUAUGUGUGCCCCCAUAGCCGUACGUCCCUGUACAUUUGCGUGCGUGGCCAGUGCAAAGUGUUUUAGGGGAGAAUGUAAUAUCCGGUGUCAGAGGUAAUUGCAGACGCCCUCUGAUCGAGUGAAUAAGCCAAUAUCCAAAAUACGUGGACCCUACAGAGAGGAGAUAUAAUAUCAACUCGAAAGAGGACUUGAAUAGGACCGCUCGUAUAUGCCAUUUUCGCUCACCGAGGAAAUUCAGAUUUCAUAAAUGCAGGAGAACCUCGUUGAAAAGUUAAAAAGCUGUGAAAAAGAAGAGGAGAAAACAACACUUUUGGAUAUCGUUAUCGAGUCGCACGUAAACGAAUAUUCAAUUCGUUGAUCGAACGAAACUCGAUGAGUUGCGUCAACAUAUUCAAGGAGCCUCGGUAUUUUUGACCGGAUAACCUCAUAUUCGUGAAGGAUUAAUCAUGGAUCGAGUUAUCUACGAACGUAGCACAAGCCUCAAUGGUUCGGUGAUAGGAUCAAACGAUUACCUUGCAGUUACCAAAAAAGCAAGUUUGCGGGAUCGAAUACUGCUUUCGCCAGUGGUGAAAUAUGGUGUCACGACUGUAAUCGCCAUUGCUUGUUUGAUGACACUUGUUUAUCUGUCAAUGUACUUUGCGCUGAACAAUACCAACGAUAAUUGGUCAUGGACGUGUAACAUACGAACGGAUUAUCGCGUUGAUUGUUUCCCCGGACGAUUGAACGUUACCUAUGACGACUGUAACGACGCUGACUGCUGCUGGGACCAGGGAAACACAUUUUGCUACCAUUCGAUACCUUCGCGUCAUGGUUACAGGCUCAAAAACGGCGCUGAUCGUUAUCAGGAGAACGAUAUUCUUGUGCCGAGAAGAACACUAAGCCCCUUUGGCGGUAGAAACGUAGAAUCGUUGAGUCUCCAACAAACAAAACAUUUCGACCCGAAUCACGUCGAAUUUGCUUUGAAAAUAAAUCCAACGCAAACUCGAGGCACCGGAGAUUCCACUGAGAAAGAAAAAAGCUCUGACAACGAGAUUCCGGGGAAGGUGAAUGCACGUGGAGAUGCCAUGGAGAACAUUCUGCUCUCUGUACCAAAAAAUCCUGCAAGUAGAAUUGCAAAUGUGGUUAAACCUGAUCCAAAUUCAAAUAUGAACGUGUGGGCUUACACACCAGAAUUCUCCGUGACAGUAACAAGAAAAGAAAACAACGCUCCUUUGCUCUCGACUGCACGUGGGCCUUUGAUCCUCACUGAUAAUUAUUGGGAAAUGACCCUCUUUUUAACAAACAGCACUGUAUAUGGACUUAACAAAUUGGAGUUGAACGGCACGACUAAUUGGAUUUAUGAUAAUGAAAAUGGUACAUCCAAAAUAGCUUUCCUGAGUAUCAACGAUAAUGGCGAAAGCACUUCUUGCUAUGUCAGUUAUCUUGGCCCCAUGGAGAUUGAGAUCAUCAACGAAUCGAAUUUAAUAGUUCUACGAGGCUUUUCAUUGCCGAGCGAAAUUUCCUUUCACGUUUUUGCCGGACCCAAACCACUCGAGGCCAUUGCACAAUUGACGAGAGCACUUCGAGGGAACAACGACACAAUCGAAUUAUCGAAUUUGGGACUUCACGUAUGUCCGAGCGAAAAAACUGACAAUUUCAUUGCAUCGUUGAGUGACUUUGUCGAAGCAAUGAAAAAUACGCCGUGGGAUAGUCACUGUAUACAUCAGAAAUUUUUUCCGACUAUGGGCGAAAAUAUGGACAAUGAUGAAAUAACCGUUGUCGAAAAAGCAGCUGAAUUAUUGUCCAAGAAUAAUCGUUCCAUAGUUCCUCAUCUUACUCCAAUGGUUUAUCGUUAUAACGAGCUCGCCGCCAAGCUGGACAACAAAUCAUUGUUGCUAAAAAACGAUGCGCAAUCCUAUGCUGGCUUGUACAAUAGCCGCGAAGUUUUCUACCCCGAUUGGCGCGAUAAAAUUACUCACGAAGAAUCUCUGGAUCAUCUUAACCGUUAUUUAGACAACUUCAGGAGUCCGAAGUUGGUUUACUUGAGAGAUUCGUGGCCAAAGGACGAGAGAAAAAGACUUGGGGGUCCGAGUCAUUCUACUUUCGAUUAUCUGCCUCCUGUGCUACAGAAUUUAAUGGGGAACGGAACAAUUCCGUACACUUCGGUCGCCUCUUCAAGAGAUAAUUAUCAUUACACCGAGCACGCUUCGUACUCCCUUGAUUUUAGUAAGUUUAUACAACAAAGGAGAAAUUUAACGAGUUUUGUCGUACGAGGACUGUGGGGUGAAUCCGGCAAUUCAACUUGGGCGGCAUUGACAGCUGCCAUUCGCGCUGGCGUUGGCUCAGGCAUAGUUGGCCAAUUACCGUCUCCGAUGUACGCUUGCGGAUCUAGUGAAAAACUAUCCCCAGGUGCAAACAGUGACGAACUUUGUGAUCGGUGGUUCGGGGCAUCCGUUGCUUGGCCUCACAUCCUCUCAAUCCGCUCGAAUCUUCCCGGUGGGGGGCAUGUGAGCACAACUUCUGAACAAUAUAUUAUUCAACAUCUCCAACUUCGUUCAUCCUUGAUGACCUACGCGAGAACUGUGACCGCCCAAUUUUUCAACGACGGUUUACCCGUAUUAGCACCUACCUCGGUUUACUAUCCGGAGGAUUUACGAGCACGACAUACACCCAAUCAAUUUAUGUGGGGCGACGGUAUUCUCGUAGGCCUGGUAACCCGGCCCGGAGUAUACCAAGUUUCAAUGUUCCUCCCUGGAAAUCAUGCAUGGAAGCUCCUUGGCACUGGUAUUGGAGUUGAUGCAACGUCGACGGGGUUCGCUCCGAUAACCGUGACCAGAGGUCAGCUCGUGACGUUAAUAAGGCCAGGAUUCAUAAUUCCCGUUCACGAGAAAUCCGAAACGACUUCAGCAGCGACGGUGAAAGGAGACCUGACACUUAAAAUACAUCGAGCUUGCGUCGCGUUCAACUGCACCGCUCGUGGAACAAUAUUUUUCGGCUCCCACGUCAGCGACGGCAAGUUCUUACAAUUGAGCGCAAAUUUCACGCACUUGAGGAUCAGCGGGAUAAACUCAACUCGGGAAAAAGCUUGCAAUCGUCUCGAGCAAACAAUUAUAAGUCGAAUCAUCGUUUAUAAUUAUCCUGAUCCUGAUAAAAAAAUAGGUAAUAAGAUAAAUCUUUGCGAAAUCGAAACCGACCAGAUUGACAUUUAUUUAUUAUAAAUAAGCGAUAAAGUAAAAUCGAAUAAAGAAUAUUAUGACGGUGUUAUUGAAUCUGUUUCAAUGUCGGCGAUCGAAAUCAUCGGUUUUUACCAUUUUCAUCCACACUUGAUCAGACCUUGAAAAGGGGAAUCAAUCGUGCCAUUAUAUGAUUCGUGAACAAUAACAAACAACCGAACGUACGAAUUAAAUGAAUUGAAAAAUGUUGCCUGUUGCACUGAAAAAAAAAAAUUAUUGAUC